CGUGAAUGUGUGCCAAUCUGAAUAACAGGGUUUGACCAUUCGUUGAGUCAAGCAUCGUAAGACGUGAGCUCUUCAUACAGCCUAAUCACAACCUGCAAUAAGUGCAAAUAUCGCAAGUGAAGCAUGUCCAAAGUUAAGGUUGGCAUAAUUGGAGGUUCAGGGUUUAAUGACCCAAAUCUAUUCAAGCAAGUCAAGGUGCGCACUGUAACCACUCCAUUUGGAAAUCCGUCGGAUGUUCUUACUGAAGGAUAUGUUGGAGAUGUCCCAUGUGUUGUGCUUCCCAGGCAUGGAAGGCAACAUUUAAUCUUACCCAGUGAAGUUAACUAUCGAGCCAACAUCUGGGCGUUAAAAGAGGCCGGAUGUACCCAUAUUUUAGCUACUAAUGCAUGUGGCAGUUUGCAGGAGAACAUACAUCCUGGAGAUUUUGUUGUCCUAAAUCAGUUUUACGAUAGGACUGUGGGUCGAGAACUUACCUUUUACGGUAGUAGACCUGGUGCAAUGAAAGGCGUGUUACACAUGCCUAUGGGGGACCCAUUUUGUGAAGAAACGCGUCAGGUUUUAAUUAGUGCAGCCAAAAAUCUAUCCAUGAAUAUUUGUGACCGAAAAAGUGGUGUUAAAACUGAUUGCAGUCAUCCAUGUGUUCAUACUGAAGGCUCUGCUGUAACUAUCAAUGGUCCACGUUUUUCCACUCGUUUCGAAUCGUCAUUGUAUCGCAGUUGGGGUCUGGACAUAGUCAACAUGACUCUGGUGCCUGAGGUUUCUUUGGCGCGGGAAGCCGGUUUGAGCUAUGGUUCUCUAGCAAUCGUUACAGAUUAUGAUUGCUGGAAGACGGAUCAGCCUCAUGUCUCAGUUGAGAUUGUAUUGGAGGAGUUUGGUAAAAGUGUGGAUAAAGUCAAGAAGAUUUUACUCGAAGCUGUUAAGCUGAUUGGGGCUCGUGAUUGGACGAAAACCGUUGAAGCUAAUCAAUUGCUGGUGCAGAGUUCUCGUCAAGAUUUAGCUCAUGAGGCUAACAAAAAGAAAUAAAUGAGAUCAUUAAGAGUUGUCU